GGGCUUUUCAAAUUGGAAAGAAGGCGGUUGAUGAUUUGGCGCCGGUACUUUCCGCCUUCCUCCCCGUGCCCUUUCCGGAUUGGGGAAUGAGGCAGAUAUCUGAUUGGGAAUUGGAACAACAUUAGGAGGGGCUGGACAAUGGGACCAAUCAGAAAUGGCCGCCCCACCAUUCCUCCCGAAGGUAUAAGAGGCCGCAAUGUGGGCGGAGUGCAGCAUUCCCUGUGAAAGUGCUUGUGAGUUUGUGACCAUGUCCGGAAGAGGAAAGGGCGGUGGGAAAGCUCGCGCCAAGGCAAAGUCUCGGUCGUCCCGGGCUGGCCUGCAGUUCCCGGUGGGCCGUGUUCACAGGCUCCUGAGAAAGGGUAACUAUGCUGAGCGUGUGGGUGCCGGAGCGCCGGUCUAUCUGGCUGCGGUGCUGGAGUAUCUGACGGCUGAAAUCCUGGAGCUGGCCGGCAACGCGGCCCGGGACAACAAGAAGACCCGCAUCAUCCCCAGGCAUCUACAGCUGGCCGUGCGCAACGACGAGGAGCUCAACAAGCUGCUGGGAGGGGUGACCAUCGCUCAGGGCGGGGUGCUGCCUAAUAUCCAGGCCGUGUUGCUGCCCAAGAAAUCCGCCGCAGCGGGAGCCGCUAAAAAGUGAAGAUAGUAUUCUUAUAAUCUGACAAUCCAAAGGUUCUUUUAAGAGCCACUCACAUCUGUGAAAGGAGCUGUUCCCUCCGUCGGAUUGAAUUACCUUCCUUUAAUUAUUUGUUAUCGGUUUCAGUCCUUGCCUUAUUCGAUACUGUACUGUCACUGUGUGUGAAACCUUUCUUGAUGGCUGACACAAGUGUGAAAAACCUAUCGUGUGUGAACUAUAUACUGGUAUUGUAACAAUGGUCAGAGUGCAUUAGUUUUUAUUGAUUUGUAAAUGUCUGAGGUCACUUGUGUUUAAUCAUCGUCCUAUAAAUGUCUCACUCAGUCCCUGUACUCCUCGCUCGUAGGCAGUUUCACGUUAUUUAGGAAGAGCUGAAUUGCCCAAGAAUACCGCCGCUGCAGGAGCCGUUUAAAAAGUAAAGACACCAUUCCUGAAUCUGACAACCCACAGGCUCUUUUCACAGUCACUCACGGCAGCUGUGAAAGCUCCACCGCCUUCCCUGUAGGAUUUAUUUUAUUUUUAAUGUGGAGAAGCUUGAACUUUGCACCUGAGAUCAGUCAAUUACUAUCGCCUUGUUAUUGAAUACUUGUGUUUUGGAGAUGCUGAUAUUAUACUGGGGUGGAUAAAGUUAGAAAUCACGCAACACCAGCUUAUAGCCCAACAGGUUCAGUUGUAAGCACUAUUUUUCGGAGCUUCCAUCACGUGCUUGAACAUCUGGUGUCACGGUGGCUGAGAUAAUGCCUUUCAGGUGUAAGCUGCCCUGUGUGAGACUGUCACAAUAAUCUAAAAAAAUGGAUUUACAGGUUCUUACGUGGAUUCAUACAGCUUUUGAGCGAAAUAUACACAGGCACUCACGGCGAAUCUCCCUCUUACGAUCGCACAUACUGUCCCUCAGUCAGGCAUGCACCCUCUCACAGACGUACGCGUAUACACUCGCGCGCACACACACUCCCACCGCCACCGCUCCACAGCUACAUGGUGAAUUUGUACUUUGCAGAAUGACAAAUGUCCCGAUCGGGUUUCACAUUCGCUUUGACUCCAUCAGGAAGAGCUGAAUUGACCCAAUGCAAUAAGUAUACAGUCGAUAUAGCAAAUGCUACUGAGCGGCCCCUAUCUCUCUGCGCUUUGUUCACUAGACAGUUUAUAGACAGGCUUUCUUCUCUGCUCCCAGCGUGAGAGAGAGAGCAUAUUAAAUACCAGUGGGUGAUUUUUUCAGCUGUAAAGAAUGGAAAGGGGUAAAGUGAGAUUGUAUGAACUGCACUUCUGUCAUCGAUAGACAAAUCAACGCCUAAGUACCUACGCAUUCUCAUCUGGAAAACUUUGCGGUCUUUUCUAGACGUAAGUGGGUUUUUCAAAUUUGAAAAUGAGCCGUUGCCCUUUCGGCGCCAAUUCUAUCCCAUCUCCCAUUAGUUAAAUUCUGCAAUCUAUUAUAACAAAAUCUGCGAUCACCGGAGAUCGCAGUAGUUGGAACUUGACUGCCGCUGUCUGUGACUUUGUUUAACGACUCCCCAUUAAUGCUUUCCUCAGCGCCAAUGCACUUAGUAAAAUACGAUGCCAACGUUCGCAAGUAACCAGUCGAUCUCUUGGCGCCAAAUCUUUCCCAUCCCCCAACGACAAGCCAUAUAAAAACCGAGACAGAGGGAUAUUAAAAUUAUAUUUCAAUGUCAUAAUAAAUUCUGCAAACACGGGAUAUCUAAUUAGAUAUGACUUCACUGCAUAUGUCAAUAUUGCUUAUCACUCAUGCAGUUUUAAUUCUU